UUCUGUGCGUCACGCCUAUGCGUUGUGGCACUCACUUCCUGCCCUCGAGUCAGGCCUGAGUUGUUUGGCUCCGGUUGCUGCUUCUCCACCGGCGACGAUGCCAACCGGCGACUACGACUCCAAGCCCAGUUGGGCAGACCAAGUGGAAGAAGAAGGAGAUGAUGAUAAAUGCAUUACCAGUGAUCUGCUCAAAGAUAUUCCCUUGACAGGUGUGUUGAGCGAAAAUGAAGGUGUAAGUGUGACCAUCGAGCCAGAGCUUGUAAAAGGAGAGCCCCUCCCACCUCCCAAAGAAGUUGUGAAUGGAAACAUUAAGACCGUGACUGAGUACAGAGAAGAGGAGGAUGGCCGUAAGGUGAAGAUCAUCCGCACCUUUAGAAUUGAGACGCGGAAGGCCUCCAAGGCUGUGGCAAGGCGAAAGAACUGGAAGAAAUUUGGCAACUCUGAAUUUGAUGCCCCUGGCCCAAAUGUGGCUACUACUACUGUGAGUGAUGAUGUCUUUAUGACUUUCAUCACCAGCAAGGAGGACUUGAAUUGCCAGGAGGAGGAAGACCCCAUGAACAAGCUGAAAGGGCAGAAGAUUGUGUCAUGCCGUAUCUGCAAGGGCGAUCACUGGACCACUCGCUGCCCUUAUAAGGACACUCUGGGGCCCAUGCAGAAGGAGCUGGCUGAGCAGCUGGGUCUUUCCACAGGCGAGAAGGAGAAGCUCCCUGGAGAGCCAGAGCCUGUUCAGGCUCAGCAGAGCAAGACGGGGAAGUACGUCCCACCCAGCCUGAGAGACGGAGCCAGUCGCAGAGGGGAAUCCAUGCAGCCAAAUCGCAGAGCUGAUGACAACGCCACCAUCCGUGUCACCAAUCUGUCUGAGGACACCCGGGAGACCGACCUUCAGGAGCUCUUCCGUCCUUUUGGGUCCAUCUCCCGCAUUUACCUGGCCAAGGACAAAACUACUGGCCAAUCCAAGGGCUUUGCCUUCAUCAGCUUUCACCGCCGUGAGGACGCUGCCAGGGCCAUUGCAGGCGUGUCUGGCUUUGGCUACGAUCACCUGAUCCUAAAUGUGGAAUGGGCCAAACCUUCCACCAACUGAGACCUUCUGUCCUGCCUUUGUUUUUGGCUCUGGAAAUAACCCAGUUCUGUUGUUAACUGGAGAUACUGGUCUCUAAUAAAAAUUCAUUGGCGCCUUGUC